UAACUGAUCUGAUUUUUAUAAUCUCCAUUCGAUUCAUUAUAAAAGGGGAAGAAAUUUGCUGUUGAACAAUUUAACAAUUUUAAAGUGUCAAUUAUUGGUUAAAAGGUUUACCAGCAUUAAAGAAUCCCGGUAUUUUGAAUUCAAAUGUGAAGCCAACAUUACCAAGAUCGAUGAUUCUACCACAAAUACAUUAUCCGAAAUAUGAGGAAAUAGAAGAUCCAAAUAUGAUUAAAGCUCAUGUUCCUGACCUCAUUAGACCAUAUAAAGGACUAAAAGAUGUAUUAGAAAACAAUCGAAAAUGGGCAAAUGCAGAUUCUUUACGUGAAAUAAAGUUUUUUGAAACUUUAAAUAAAGGGCAAGAACCAAAAUUGUUUUGGAUCGGUUGUUCUGAUUCUCGCGUUGUACCUGAAACAAUCACUCAGUUAGGUUUUGGUCAAAUAUUUGUACAUCGGAACAUUGCGAAUCAAUUCGAUGCAAAUGAUUUUAAUUGUAUGUCAGAAUUAGAAUUUGCCGUACAUUAUAUAAAAGUUGAACAUAUAAUUGUGUGUGGUCACACACAAUGUGCAGGAGUAAUGAAUGCUUGUAAAGAUCAUCUUAGCCCAAAUUUAAAAGCUUGGCUAUCGGAUAUUCGAAGAGUGAAAGAUAAAUACCCAGAGUUAUUUCCGGAUCCCAUGAUUGAAUCCAGUAUGCCCCAAAGUGAAAAAGAUAAAUUACAUAGAAGGUUGGUUGAAAUUAAUGUAUCAAAUCAAGUAUCAAAGAUUGCUUCAAAUGAAGUUGUCCAAGAAGCUUGGAAAGAUAAAAAAAGAAAAUUAGCAAUUCAUGGUUGGGUUUUUAAUAUAAAGAAAGGACAUUUAGAAGAUAUAGGUGUUACCAUUGGAAAGCAAUGAUUUGCGCAUGGAAUGGAAAUAAUUAUCUAUUAUAU